UCGUACAGGACUUCGAUGAAACGGGUUAAUCUGUUGUUAGAGGUGGGUGUUCUGCCCAAGAUGUCUUUCCCUCCUCAUCUCAACCGGCCACAAAUAGGCAUCCCAACGAUGCCGCCAGGAAUCCCUCCGCCACAGUUUGCCGGGUUUCCACCUUCGAUGCCUCCCGGAACCCCAAUGAUUCCUGUCCACAUGGGGAUUAUGACUCCAGGCCCUGCGGUUCUCGUGCCCACGGCGAUGCCUGUGAUUAGUAAAGUUGCUGCUCCCAGGAAGGAAAGCGCCGCUCUGGCAAAAGACAGCCACGACAGCAGCGGCCCCACGACCACCGUGUUUGUGGGCAACAUCUCUGAGAAAGCGUCUGACAUGCUCAUCAGACAGCUCCUGGCCAAAUGUGGUUUGGUGUUGAGCUGGAAACGAGUUCAAGGUGCCUCGGGGAAACUCCAAGCGUUUGGUUUCUGUGAGUACAAAGAGCCUGAAUCUACUCUGCGAUCUCUACGGCUGCUGCAUGAGCUGCAGAUUGGAGAAAAGAAACUUCUGGUCAAAGUUGAUGCCAAAACCAAAGCACAACUGGAUGAGUGGAAGGCAAAGAAGAAGAGCACCAGUGAAAACGGAAAUGGCAAGGCAGAGGAUGGCGCUGGUGAAGAGGAAGAGGAGGUUCUGGAUGAAGAAACUAAGAAGCGGGACCAAAUUGUCAAAGGUGCCAUUGAUGGCUUGAUCCGGGAGUAUUCAAGUGAGCUGAACGCUACAUCACAAGACGAUGAGUCGAGUCGCCGUAAAAAGAGGAGAGAAAAGAAGGACGAGGAUGACAUCAGUGCCAUGGAAAUGGAAGAUGACAAAAGAGAUCUGAUUUCCCGAGAGAUCAACAAAUUCCGUGAUACACACAAGAAAUUGGAAGAGGAAAAGGGGAAGAGGGAGAAGGAGAGGCAGGAGCUGGAGCGGGAGCGCAAGGAGAGAGACAAGGAGCGCGAGAGGGAGCGUGAACGACGGGACCGUGAGCGGGAGAAGGACCGAGAGAGGGAGCAGAGAGAGCGAGAGAGGGAAAGAGAGAGAGAUCGAGACCGCGAGCGCACGAAAGAGCGCGAGAGGGAGAUCGAAAGAAGCCGCGACCGCAGCGAAGACCGCAGUCGAUCCAGGUACACGAGACGCCAAGUGCUUGUUGUUUUCGAGAACAACAGAGUCGAGAGACCGGUGAUAUGCGAGAAGAAACGGAUCGUGAGGAAGAUGAGGAAGAAGCUGCACGAACGGCGAACUGGAGAGGAAGCUGGCAGAGAAAGAGGCGGCGAUCAGGAGUGUAUGGAGGUCUGGGGAGAUUGGGAGAUAGGAGAGAGGAAGAAAGCCAGAGACUACAGCUGGAGAGAGAGGAGGCACGUCCGCGAGGAGAUGGUAGAAUAUUUGUUUAAAUUACUGAAUGUUUGUCUAUGGUUUUCUCAGGCUAAAGAAGGGAAGCGGCUGAAGGAGUUUCUGGAAGACUAUGACGAUGACCGAGACGACCCAAAGUACUACAGGGGCAGCGCUCUUCAGAAGCGUCUGCGGGACAGAGAGAAGGAGACGGGACUGGAUGAACGUGACAGGAAGCGGGAGAAGGAAGAGCUGGAGGAGAUCAGGCAGAGGCUGCUAGCAGAAGGACAUCCUGAUCCAGACGCUGAGCUGCGCAGGAUGGAGGAGGAGGCAGAGCGUUUGCGGCAGCCGCCCCUGAAGCCCGAGCCCGAGGAGGAGAGAGAGCACAAGCCCUCUCGAGAAGAGGUUGACCGAGGCAGGGAGAGAGACCGGCGCAAGGCUCACGCUCACGCUCAAGCUCACGUUCAUGCUCACGCUCCUGUCCCCUCAGACGAUGAUGUAGAGGAAGGGGAGGAGCUAGAGGACCCAGAGGAGGUGAAACCCUGCCUCAAACCCACCAUGCGGCCCAUCACGGCCGCCCCCUCAGUGUCUUCAGCGAGCGGAAACGCCUCGCCCAACACGCCCAGAGAAGAGUCGCCCUGCGGCAUCAUCAUCCCUCAUGAGAACUCGCCGCCGGAGGUCCCGCUCCAAGAGGAGAACCGGCCCAAGAUCGGCCUUAGCCUCAAACUAGGUAUAACUUCUGUUUUUGACUAUUUCCACCGUUCCCAGACACUUAUGGAGAAGCGUAUUCGACCGUGGAUCAAUAAGAAGAUCGUAGAGUACAUUGGUGAAGAAGAAGCCACAUUAGUUGACUUUGUUUGCUCCAAGGUUAUGGCCCACGGCACGCCUCAAGGCAUCUUGGACGACGUUGCGAUGGUGCUGGAUGAAGAGGCCGAGGUCUUCAUCGUUAAAAUGUGGAGGUUAUUGAUUUACGAAACUGAAGCCAAGAAGAUCGGCCUCGGGAAAUGAACAAGCCCAUGAACUUUGCUUUUUACUUCCCGCUUGGGCCGGACAGCUCAUCUAGGUUUCAAAACAACUUGGGGAAACUCGACCUUUGGAGUUAAUUCGUAUUGAGCCGCUUGAUUUCUCACGUCCCAGACGCCUCCGUAAGAGCAGCAGCGACGAGCGCCGAGGAAGAGGUUUGGUUUCUCAGGGCCUUCCUGUUGAAUCCGUCUUCAGCGUAGCUACGUCUCGGCCGCUUAGCGCUCGUUUCUGUGAGGAAGCCAUUGUAAAUUGUUACUGUAAUGAUUGCCAAUCUGGUUUGGGUUGUGAUUUUAAAGUUUCUCUUCUUUUGGUCGCUCUCACCAACCGAACCAAAGCGUUUUCCCAGUUGUUUCACUAAAACUAAAGCAGUUGUGAUUGGACCCCGGACAGGUUCAGAAGCUCUCGCCUCAACUGAUUGAC